AUGCCCACGGUGGAGGAGCUGUACCGCAACUACGGCAUCUUGGCCGACGCCACCGAGCAAGUCGGGCAGCAUAAAGAUGCCUAUCAAGUAAUCUUGGAUGGUGUGAAAGGAGGUGCCAAGGAAAAAAGAUUAGCGGCACAGUUUAUUCCAAAAUUCUUCAAGCAUUUCCCAGAGUUGGCAGAUUCUGCAAUCAAUGCACAACUCGAUCUCUGUGAAGAUGAAGAUGUGUCUAUCCGACGCCAGGCAAUUAAAGAGCUGCCCCAGUUUGCCACCGGAGAUAACCUUCCCCGAGUAGCCGACAUAUUGACCCAGCUUUUGCAGACAGAUGACUCUGCAGAAUUUAACUUGGUGAAUAAUGCCUUACUCAGUAUAUUUAAGAUGGAUGCUAAAGGAACUCUGGGAGGCUUGUUCAGCCAGAUCCUUCAGGGAGAGGAUAUUGUUAGAGAACGAGCAAUUAAGUUCCUCUCGACAAAACUUAAGACUCUACCGGAGGAAGUGCUAACAAAGGAAAUAGAAGAGCUCAUAUUAACUGAGUCCAAAAAGGUCCUUGAAGAUGUGACUGGCGAAGAGUUCGUGCUAUUCAUGAAAAUAUUGUCUGGGUUAAAGAGUUUGCAGACCGUGAGCGGACGGCAACAGCUAGUAGAACUGGUGGCGGAACAAGCCGAUCUGGAACAGACUUUCAAUCCAGCUGAUCCGGAUUGCGUGGACAGACUCUUACAGUGCACCCGUCAGGCGGUACCGCUCUUCUCGAAAAAUGUUCAUUCUACAAGGUUUGUGACUUACUUCUGCGAGCAUGUGCUCCCCAACCUUAGUUCCCUGACUACACCAGUUGAGGGCCUGGAUAUUCAGUUAGAGGUAUUGAAAUUGCUGGCAGAGAUGAGCUCGUUUUGUGGAGACAUGGAAAAAUUAGAAACGAACUUAAAGAAACUGUUUGAUAAACUGCUGGAGUACAUGCCACUUCCCCCGGAAGAAGCCGAGAAUGGGGAGAACGCUGGCAAUGAAGAACCGAAGCUGCAGUUCAGCUAUGUGGAGUGUCUGCUCUAUAGCUUCCACCAGCUGGGUCGGAAGCUUCCAGAUUUCUUAACAGCCAAGCUGAACGCAGAAAAAAUCAAAGACUUCAAAAUCAGGCUCCAGUACUUUGCCCGAGGCUUACAAGUUUAUAUCAGGCAGCUUCGAUUGGCUCUCCAGGGGAAGACAGGUGAAGCCUUGAAGACAGAAGAGAACAAAAUUAAAGUUGUUGCUUUGAAAAUAACGAAUAACAUCAAUGUCUUAAUCAAGGAUCUCUUCCACAUUCCUCCUUCUUACAAGAGCACAGUUACACUGUCCUGGAAACCUGUACAGAAGGCUGAAUCAGGGCAAAAGAGAGCCAGUGAAGAUACAUCUUCAGGUUCACCACCCAAGAAAGCUCCAGCCGGACCAAAAAGGGAUGCCCGUCAGAUAUAUAAUCCUCCCAGUGGGAAAUACAGCAGCAAUUUGGGCAACUUUAAUUAUGAGCAGAGAGGGGGCUUCCGGGGAAGUAGAGGUGGCCGAGGAUGGGGAGGAAGAGGAAAUCGUAGUCGAGGAAGACUGUACUGAAGCAGGCAUUACCUUCUCCAGUGCCGUCACCAGCUUAAACACUGUUAACCUACCACUCGUCGACUUGCCUGGAAUAUCCCUUCAAAGGACUGCUGUCUUCAGCUAAAGACUUACAUGUUCUUUAUACCUUUGUAUGUAUGAUCUACUUUUCUAAUGAACUACAGACGUGUCCAUGGUAAAACCACAGCUGUAUUUUUGGAUGCCUUGUCAGCAAUCUUGAGUUAUUUUUGCAGUGUCUUCGAGAUUUAUUCACAUUGGAAAUGGCAGUGAAAAUGUUUUAUCCGAAACACCUUGACAGUUUGUUAGCCCGUGGGCGAUACACCUGUAAAACUUGUAAUGGGAUUAGAGUUUCUCUUUUAUAGCUGAUGGAAAUGGUGGAUUAGGAAGGCCCAAGUCAGUGGUGAGAUGACUGGUUUUCCUCUCCUCCUCGUCUAGUCCUCUCACCCAAUAUGUGGAGAAGAGUCAAACUGAAUGUUAACAUUAUAUUUCCUUUUUUUUUUUUUAAAGUAAGCUGCUGGCCAUUGAAUUGCGGGACUCGCGACAUCUGUGUCAUGAGAGCAGAAUAUUUACCAGCUUCGUAAAUGCAACAUUUGAUUUAGUGACAAGUGGAAAUGUCUUUACUUUCUCUCAUAGGAGAAAGUAAAUUGCUUCUGCACUGCUUACAUAACUCUUCUCCAUGUGUUGUAACGCAGAUGUUCAAUAUGGGGUUUUAAUGUUCGGUAUGAAAAUGUGCGCACAUAUAUGCUGUGAAACGUGAUGCUACAAAUCAAAUAAAAAUGAUAGAAGUACUUGAGGAGUGGGUAGUCUGUGAUGCAGUGAUUGUCUGCCGAGGUGAGCUGUUGGACCAUUUCCUCAACCGUGAGAAUUUCAGAGUCAGUUUGCACUUGAAACAUUAUUUAAAGAUGAAAAUGCAGAAAGACUGCCUUUGAAAAGGUGUAUUUGGAGAGAGGUGGAAACAUCCAGCUAGGUAUAGAAUUUGAAUUUCAAAUAAAUUACUGCACACUUUUUUUUUUUUAACCAGGAGCUACCCAGCAAAAAUAGGACGAAGAAGAAUGGAUAUAGACGUAGAGUACUCUCUGUUCUGCCACUUUUGAGACAAUGAUUUCUCAGGUUUUUCUUCGAAAUUAAACAUUGUAAAGACCAUCCAACAGGCAGUGGAGCAUGUUUUACGUGGCGGUGAUAAAAGUAGGUUUGAGGAGGGGUUUUUUUUUUUUAACAUGUAGGCAUUUUGUAAUAGCAUAGUCUUCCCCACCCACCCGAGAUUCUUGUUUAAUAGAGUUUGGUCCCCAAAACAAAUGCCUGAGUGACAUUUCUGAAUAGCUCCAUGUGUUCGGGAGGAAUAGCUUGUAGUCCAUUGCAGGUGUCUUCAUUAACAUGCUCUAAUAGUUAUUACCGCAGUUGGGGAAAUUCAGUCUCUGUUGCUACAGCUAGUGCACAUUAUCUCAAGCAAAAAUAUUUUUUUCAAAGACUAGAGAAACCAGAAUAGAGCAAAGGCCUGAACUCCGAGUGCUGGCAAUAACUUUCCAACAUUCCUAAUGCAUUUUAAUUAAAUCUAAGCUUUCAUGGAAUCGAAUCAAAUACAGGAAAUCACUGAACUUUUUAUUUUAAACUAACUUGGAUUUUAAAAAUCAACAGUUGGCAAAAAAAAAAUUUGAUUAAAGGAACUAUGAGGCAAUAUAUCAGGUUUGUAAUUUUUGUUCUAAUUUCAGUGACUCACAAAAGUAUGAAUCGUGUUGGGUUGACUGUCUUCCAAUGCAACUGUGCACAUUUCAGGGCUAUUUUGUUUUGAGAAUACAAAUAAUUUCAUAUUCAGAGGCUUUUUUUUUUGGAAGACACCUGUUUCUUGCCUUUGUUCAACUGUAAAUGUUCCCUUAUGCUUUUGAAAUAAAUUCGUUUUGUAAUUUUG